GAGCGAGGGGGCGGGGCAGGCGCCGCGGAAACGCGCUCGCGCGGGCGCCGAACCACAACUCCCGGCGGCCCCCGCGCUCCCGGGUGGCAAGAUGGUGGCGCGCAGGAGGAAGCGCGCGGCGCGGGACCCAGAGGACCGUAUCCCGAGCCCACUGGGCUACGCAGCUAUUCCAAUCAAGUUCUCUGAAAAGCAACAGGCUUCUCACUACCUCUAUGUGAGAGCACACAGCGUUCGACAAGGCACCAAGUCCACCUGGCCUCAGAAGAGGACUCUUUUUGUCCUCAAUGUGCCCCCAUACUGCACAGAGGAGAGCCUGUCCCGCCUCCUGUCCUCCUGUGGCCCUCUGCAGUCUGUAGAGUUGCAGGAGAAGCCGGACCUGGCCGACAGCCCAAAGGAGUCAAGGUCGAAGUUUUUUCAUCCCAAGCCAGUUCCGGGGUUCCGGGUAGGCUACGUGGUGUUCCAGAAGCCAAGUGGGGUGUCAGCGGCCUUGGCCCUGCGGGGCCCCCUGCUGGUGUCCACAGAGAGCCACCCUGUGAAGACUGGCAUUCACAAGUGGAUCAGUGACUACGCAGACUCCGUGCCUGACCCUGAGGCGCUGAGGGUGGAAGUGGACACGUUCAUGGAGGCGUAUGACCAGAAGAUCGCUGAGGAAGAAGCUAAGGCCAAGGAGGAGGAGGGGGUCCCUGACGAGGAGGGCUGGGUGAAGGUGACCCGCCGGGGCCGGCGGCCUGUGCUCCCCCGGACUGAAGCAGCCAGCUUGCGGGUGCUGGAGAGGGAGAGACGGAAGCGCACCCGAAAAGAGCUGCUCAACUUCUACGCCUGGCAACACCGAGAGAGCAAGAUGGAGCAUCUAGCGCAGCUGCGCAAGAAGUUCGAGGAGGACAAGCAGAGGAUCGAACUGCUGCGGGCCCAGCGCAAAUUCCGACCCUACUGAGCCGUGAGAGCCGCAGUGGAUGGCUGGAGGUGCAGGGCCAGGAGGAACACGAGGCGAGGCAGGGCCUGCAGCAGUCUCUGAGAGGCUUAGCUCUGGCGAACGGGCCCCAGGUUAAAAGCCACCACGUCCAACAGCCCCAUCAGAGUCCACACAGGCCAGGAAUGAAAGACCAGGCCACCCCUCGGGUCUUGUGCUUCAGCAGUCCUGGGGACCCAGGCGUGCCCAGAGGAGGACUUGCCCUUUCCGCCUCUUGCUUCCACACCCUCCUCUCAAGGACCCUGGAUGAAUCCGUUCUGUUCUCCCUUUUCCCUCAAUGCAAAAGCCCUUGCUGGCAACGAAACAGCCUCAAAAGCAGUGAGAAUACAAGAACCUUUUAUUUUCCAUCCAGUGGGGCAGCAGGGAAAGGCUAGGUGGGCCCAUCCCACCCUUCCUUCCUCCAGCUGGCUGGAGAUUAUUAGCCAGGAGACAGCAGCCCUGGAACCCAGACUCUGUCUCCCGCUUGAGGCCACAGAUGUUGAAGUUGGAAUCUCGCUCCUUCCCCUGACUACCAUCCUAGGCUGGGCCUCAAGACCUGUGAGGCCUGUCCCCAGCAUCCCUGGCCUUGUUGUGGGGCUCAGGAACUCAGAGUCCCCGAGUUGAGUCUGGGAGCACUAGGUCUUCAUAGUUCAGGCCCAGAGCUACAGCUGGGCUGGGAGCGUGUGUGUGCGCUGUAAGAAGGAGCUGAUGAUACUGGCCACGUGCUGGGGUUCGCACAUGUGGACACAGUGAUUGCCUGGGACUUCCACAAACUGGAACCGCUGGAGAGGGGAGGGGGUGGGUGGUGAGGUGUGGCCAGAGGAGCCUAGGGAGCUCCAUGGGCCCUGGGGUCAGGACCCUCCCACAGCCUUCCGGCUCCCUGCAGGUCAGGAGCGCCUCCCACAGUGAGUUGCCCCCACACACGGCUCCUUGGAGCCCCGACAGUCCAUAGCACCCCAGGAGGUGUCCAGCCCUAGGGACUUGGAGGACUCCCAGGGGUCUAGGCCAGCUGAGUUGUGAAGUUGCAUGGCAGGGACAGGGCGGGGCCAAGGCCAGGGUUGCUGUGAUUGUAUCAGAAGAGAUCCCCGUGAGAAAAGAUAAUGAGAUGACGUGAGCAGCCUGCAGACUUGUGUCUGCCUUCAGGAAGCCAGAUGGGAAGGCCCUGCCUGCCUUGGCUCUGACCUGGCGGCCGGCCAGCCACAGGCGGGCUUCUUCCCUUUGUGGUGACAACGCCGAGAAACCUGCAGAGGCCCCAGGGUCAGGUGUUCGUGGGUAGGUGACCAUAAAACACCAGGUGCUCCCAGGAACCCGGGCAAAGGCCACCCCCACCUACAGCCAGCAUGCCCACUGGCGUGAUGGGUGCAGAGUGAUGAGGCAGCCAGGUGUUCCACUGUGGUUUGGGAGCCUAUAAAAUGUGAGACUAGGCUGGGCGUGGUGGCUCCCAUCUGCAAAACCAGCACUUCAGGAGGCCGAGGUGGGCAGAUCGCCUAGGUCAGGAGUUUUGAGACCAGCCUGGCCAACAUGGUGAAACCCCAUCUCUUAAAAAUAUAAAAAUUAGCUGGGCAUGGUGGCAGGUGCCUAUAAUCCCAGCUACUCAGGAGGCUGAGGCAUGAGAGUCGCUUGAACCCAGGAGGUGGAGGUUACAAUGAGCCGAGAUCUUCCCACUGCACUCCAGCCUGAGCGACAGAGACUCCGUCUCAAAAAAAAAAAAAGUGGGACCAUUAGCUGGGCAUGAUGGCAUGCCCCUGUAGUCCCAGCUACUCAGGUGGGAGGAUCAUUUGAGCCCAGGAGUUUGAGGCUGCAGUGAGCUAUGACUGAGCCACUGCACUCCAGCAUGAGCAACAGAAUGAGACCCUGUCUCAAAAAAUAAAAAAUGUGGGACUGUC